GGAUGCAAAAUAUAGCCAUGUUGUCCAACCUAGUAUUCCUUCUGCCUCUCCUAAUCAGCUUUGUAGCCUCCGAAGAUACCACCUUCACCUACGUCGGGUUUAAAUCGGCAAAUCUAAGCCUUGAUGGCAUAGCCGAAAUCACUUCUACUGGCCUUUUGAGGCUCACUAAUAAUACAUACUUUCAAAUGGGUCAUGCUUUCUACCCCAAUCCAAUAAGCUUCAAGAACUCGUCGAAUGGCGACGUUUCCUCCUUCUCUACGACUUUCGUCUUCGCUAUCGUUUCUGAAGGUGCCAAUUUCAGCGGUCAUGGGCUUGCUUUCGUCAUUGCUCCAACAAGAGGACUCCCGGGAGGUAGUUCUACCCAGCGCCUUGGACUUUUCAAUAUUACCAAUGAUGGUGAUCCCAAAAAUCAAGUCGUUGCCAUAGAGCUCGAUACAUUCAAGAACUCUGAGUUUGACGACAUCAACUCGAACCAUGUUGGGAUUGAUAUAAAUGGCUUGAAGUCCGAGCAAUCUGCUGGCGUAGGAUAUUAUGCUGAUGACAAUGGUGGCGGGUUUAGGUCCCUGAGCCUUAUAAGUGGCCAGCAAAUGCAAGUUUGGGUGGAAUACGAUGGUGUCGAGAAGCAAAUUAAUGUUACUUUUGCUCCACUUAAUGUCGGUAAACCCAAAAUUCCGCUAUUGUCUUUGUCCCGCGAUCUUUCACCUAUCAUUGCCAACGACAUGUAUGUUGGCUUCUCGUCCUCAACUGGCCGGCUCCUAGCAAACCAUUAUGCUCUGGCUUGGAGCUUUAAGAUGAAUGGCCAGGCUCCAGAACUUCUCCUCUCUCAAGUUCUGCUGCCUCCGAUAUUAGUAGGUAUAGAGAGAUCUAAAUUUUUGACAAUUGGGUUGCCUGUGAUAAUUGUAAGCUUAGUCUUGGUAGCAAUUUCAGGUGUAGUUUAUGUCAUUAGAAGGAAGAGGAAGUUUGAAGAAUUGCUGGAAGAUUGGGAGCUUGACUAUGGGCCUCAGAGAUUCAAAUACAAAGAUCUUUUUGUUGCCACAAAAGGAUUCGGAGAGAAAGAGGUAUUGGGUAAGGGUGGAUUUGGAAAGGUAUAUAGAGGUGUACUACCUACCUCCAAAAUUGAGAUUGCGGUGAAGAGAGUCUCCCAUGAAUCAAAGCAGGGAAUGAAAGAAUUUGUUGCAGAAAUUGCCAGUAUGGGUCGGCUCCGCCACAGGAAUUUAGUACCACUCUCGGGGUAUUGCCGGCGAAAGAGAGAGUUGCUUUUGGUGUAUGACUACAUGCCCAAUGGAAGCCUAGACAAGUACCUCUUUUACCAACCUAAGCUCACUCUGGAUUGGAAACAGAGGUUUGGAAUCAUAAAAGGUGUGGCAUCGGGGCUGCUUUAUCUACACGAAGAAUGGGAGCAAGUUGUUGUUCACAGAGAUGUCAAGGCUAGUAAUGUCAUGCUAGAUGGUGAACUAAAUGCUAGAUUAGGAGACUUCGCUCUUGCAAGAUUUUAUGACCGUGGAACUGCCCCUCAAACGACUCAUGUGGUUGGAACCAUUGGGUAUAUUGCGCCGGACCUUACUCGAAGCGGCAAGGCCACAACAAGCACCGACGUGUUUGCCUUCGGGGCCUUUUUGCUUGAGGUCGCUUGUGGAAGAAGACCAAUAGAGCCACGAUGGCAAACAGAGGAUAUUAUUUUGGUCGAUUGCGUGCUUUCUCACUGGAACCGAGGUAAAAUUCUUGGGGCAACGGAUCCAAAUUUGGGUACAGAAUAUGUAGCAGAGGAAGUAGAGUUGGUAUUAAAACUUGGGUUGAUGUGCUCUAAUUCAGAGGCUUCACCCCGGCCAAGCAUGCGGCAAGUUGUGCAGUUCUUGGAGGGGGAUGUUCCUCUUCCAGAGUUACCAUCUGUUGGUCUUUGUGCCAGCGGCUUAACGUUUCCCAUGUCUUAUCCGGCGGCUCCUAUGGACAAGGCCUUCACACAUUUGUCUUCCGUUGAAGACUCGCUUCUCUCGGGGGGUCGUUGAUUCUACAAGUUUUUGUUACUUAUUGUGCGUUUUAAGUGAGUCAAGUGACCAAAUUUUUCUUUUCUUUUCUUUUCUUUUUUCUUUUUAUUGAUGCUACUUGCUAUCAAAAAAAUUAUGUGUUUCUUACGUACUAAUGAGUAACGACAUAUGAUACUUUUAAAG